AUGUGCGAGGGUGGCGGCGAGAAGCGAAGGGUGCAGAAGGAGGAGAAUGAUUUGGACAUGGAUGAGCCGCUCGACGACAGCAAUGGAUGCGGAUACGGCGGGUUCACAGAGGAGGCUUACAACGAACUGGUACACUAUCAUCAGACCAGGGAGUUGCCACGACGACUUGAGGGACAUAUGAAGCAUCGCAUUGACUGCUUCAAACGAAAGGCCAAACGAUUUCAGCUCAUUGAUGGCACCGACCAACUUAUUUACAUUGGAUUUAAACCCGUGCAUUCCUCUGUGGGACAAUUUGUUGUAAAGAAAGGCAAUGUGGAAAAAAUUCUCUUUCAGGCGCAUCUGGAGACAAAUCAUGGAGGCCUGAACGCAACUCGCAAGAUGGUUUCUGCACGCUUUUAUUGGAAUUCAAUAACGAGCGAUGUGGAGCAGUUUAUCAAGCGAUGUCCGCGUUGUCGAAUAACGCGUUUGCGUUAUGUUGUCUCCAACAACGUCCCAUGGCGCAAAACUAACAAAUUUGCCGAUAUCUACGGGAAUCAAAUUUUAAUGGCCGCGAAUGUUUGCAGGAGAGCGCUUAUGGGACUACAAAUGAAAAUGGGUGCUCUGAAUUCGAAACGUACAGACGAUCUAUCCAAUGACGAUGCUUCGAACGAUGCAGUGGACGGUAAGGAUAAAGCUGGGAAAACAGAGGUGUUUCUACCGCAUUAUUUUCGCGUCAGGCCCACACCGCCGUCAAACAACAAAGUGCAUUUAGCAAGUUCAGUGGCAAAGGAUUUGGUCUUCGGAUUUCUGACGGAGGAAUUGUUAGCACAAGUGAUGCAUUGUCAUGCAUUUUUUUUUUUUUUUUUUGCGUGGGAGAACUGCAGUACUGAUGGUUCAUAUUUGUCCACCGGUGCUUAUUUGUCCUCACUGAUACUUCUGAACUGCUGGAUCGGUUUCAGUUAA